GUUACGAUUUUAAAAAGUGAAUGAUUAAAUAUGCCAUAUUCUGAGAGUUAUAUUAAAAAUAAAUUAAUCGAAGGAUUGAACGCUUCACACGUAGAAGUGGAAGAUCAGUCUGAUGGUUGUGGAGCUAAGUUUUCUGUAGUAGUGGUUUCAGAAGCUUUUCAGGACAAAUCAUUACUCCAACGUCAUAGGUUGGUAAAUGCAGUGCUGGAAAAGGAACUUAAAAUAAUUCAUGCAUUUUCUCAAAAAACGUUAACUCUAGAACAGUGGGAAAAGCAGCAGAGUUAAUCCAUUCUGUCUUACAGAUUUUAAAAUAGUGUUUCUUACUAACUGAUUAUAU